AUGUAUAUCAAAGAAGUAAAUAUAAGUGGAUUUCGUAGUUAUCGUGAAACAACAGUCAAUGAUUUCUCACCGCGACAUAAUGUUGUUGUUGGACGAAAUGGUAGUGGAAAAAGUAACUUUUUUUUUGCUAUACAGUUUGUGCUUUCGGAUGAAUUCAGCCAUCUUAAAGCAGAACAAAGGCAAGGUUUGAUUCACGAAGGCACUGGAGAUCGUGUUACAACGGCCAGUGUUGAAAUUGUUUUCGAUAAUGCCGAUCACCGAAUCGUUGCCAUUGAGGCAAAUGAAGUGCGUGUUUUGCGACGUGUUAGUAUGAAGAAGGAUCAAUAUUUUAUCGAUGCAAAGUUGGUUGCUCGUAGUGACGUUGUGAAUUUGAUGGAAUCGGCGGGCUUCUCUCGUUCGAAUCCAUAUUACAUUGUAAAGCAAGGAAAAAUCAAUGAAUUAGCUACAUCACCUGAUUCACACCGCUUGAAGUUAUUGCGUGAGGUGGCAGGAACACGAGUUUACGAUGAACGGAAAGAUGAAAGUUUGAAAAUAUUGCGAGAAACAAAUGCCAAAAGUGAAAAGAUCGAGACUUUACUUGCAUUCAUUGAGGAACGGUUAAAGACUUUAGAGGAAGAGAAAGAAGACUUAAAGGAAUAUCAGAAGUGGGACAAAAUGAAAAGAUCUAUAGAGUAUAUGAUAUACGAUAACGAGUUGAAAGAAGCUCGAAAGAAACUAGACAAGUUGGCUGAACAACGUGAAGAAAUGAACACUCGGCAGAGCAAGGUUACGAACGACUUGCUAAAUGCUCAGAACCGUGCUUUACAAGCAUCAGCAGAACAACGCAAAUUAGAAGCACGCUUUAAAGGAAUGCGAGAAGAAAAGGAAGCGCUUCUAGCUGAACAGACCGAACGUGUGCAACGAAAAACUGAAUUAGAGCUUUUAAUCAAUGACUUGCGCGAAGAUGUGGAGAAGGAACGCUCUGGGAGAGAUAAAGCGGAGGAUGUGUUGAACAAGCUUAAAACAGACAUAGCUGCAAAAGAAGAGGAACUCAAUACAGUUAUUCCAAAAUACAAAGCCUUAGUUGAGGACGCAGCUCGAUUAAAUACUGAUAUUCGUAUUGCGGAACAAAGAUGCAAAGAACUAUAUGCAAAGCAAGGAUAUAGAGAUCAGUAUAAAACUGUUGAAGAACGCGAUAAGAUCUUGCAAAAGGAAAUUCGAUUCUAUGACCGUCAGCUUCAAGAUAUUCAUGAACAAAUUGCUGGUAUUGAAAAAAGUCUUCAGGAUGAAGAACAAGAAGAACAGCAACUUCAUCAGAAAAUUAUGGAAAUUGGAUUAGGUGCUGAAGAAUUUGUUGACAAAUUAACAAAGAUGAAUCAAGAUAUGGCCGAUUUGCGACGUCGCUUAGAUGAAGCUAGUGUUACUCAGCAAGAAGCAUCAAGAGAAGAAAAAGCAUCUCGUGAUAAUUUGGAGGCAAUCAAAGUUGAUGUGCAACAAGCUGAGCAAGAUUUCCGGCGUCUGGUUCCAAGGUCUGUAAUGAAUGGAGUGGAUAGCGUACAGCAUGUGCUAAAUCAUUUUCGUACCCAAAAUCGUAACGGACAAUAUGACUCUGUUUUGAGUGGCUACCAUGGUAUUGUGAUUGAAUUAUUUCGUUGUGAUAAGGCUUACUACCAAGCAGUUGAAGUUACCACUGGUAAUCGUUUAUUUUAUCAUGUGGUUGAUGAUGACCGUAUUGCGAUGAAAAUCAUGAAAGAGAUAAAUCAGCAAAAACUAUUAGGUGAAAUAAAUUUCUUCCCCUUGAAUCGUUUGAUUGCCAAACCAAGAAGAGAAGUUAAUGAUCCGGAAGCAAGACUUUUAAUUGAUGGAAUGGAAUAUGAAUCCAUCUACGGUGUUGUUUUUCGUCAUAUUUUUGGCAACGUAGCUGUGGUACGUAGCAUGCUUGCUGGCAAUCGUUUGGCAAAACGUGAAGGAUUUGAUUGCGUCACUUUCGAGGGCGAUCAAAUGAGUCGACGUGGCGAAAUGACAGGAGGCUUCCUUGAUGUGAAACGUUCUCGUUUGGAACUUUAUAGUGCCGUUCAACAAAUGCAUGCGCAAAAAGUUGAAUUUGAGGAAGCUCUUGAAAAGGCAGUCCAUGCCAGUAAUGAUAAAGCUUCAAACGUAGAAAAGUUGCGUAUGGAAGUUGAUACAUUGGAACGUGAAGUUUUAUAUUUGAAGGACAAGCAUAGAGCCGCGUCUGAGAAAAAGCGUUACUUGUCACACCAACUCCAGCAAAGUACAAAGAAUAAAGAACCGAAGGUAGGACAAUGUUUAUAUUUAAAAAAUCGAAUCCGCGAAAUGGAAGCAACGAAAGAAAGUUUGCAACGACAGCUUGGCACUCCUUUGCUCUCGCAACUCAGCGACGAAGAGAAAAACAUGCUUGAUCAAUUGCAAGAAGAUAUAAAAGGAAAAAAAGUACGCCUUGAUUCUGUUAGUCGGUCGAGGGCCGAGUUAGAGUCCACAAAAUUGCGACUGGAGAACCAGUUGACGACGAACCUUCAUCGCAAAAGAGAAAGCUUGCAGUCGAAAAUUCAUGACAUAUCUGUUGAUGAGAAACGUAAUCACCUUCAGUCAGAAAUGGCGGAACUUAAAUCUGUUAAUAAUCGGCUUUCUGAAAUCAUAACGCGACUGUCUGAAUUAGAAGAACAUUUGGGUGAAUUUGAAGUAAGCGACGAGAAAUUAACGCGCGAAUUGGAAGACUGUCAAGAGCAGCAAAAAGAUUUAGAAGCUCAGGUCGCUGAUUUUUCAAAGCAAGUGGACUUAAUUUGCACGAAGCAAUCAGCAAUGCAAACAAAACGAGAGGAAAUUACCAAAAAGAUACGCGAACUUGGUUCGUUACCCAUGGAUUCGAAGAACUACGAAAGUUAUUCAUUGAAGCAAUUAGAUAAGAAGCUGGGCGAAGCCCUGGAACAAUUGAAAAAGUAUGAAAACGUAAAUAAGAAGGCACUUGACCAAUUCGUACAAGCAAGCGGCCAAAAGGAGGAUCUUGCAAAACGAAUGGAUGAACACAGAGCCAAUCAGAAGGCAAUCAGCGAUUUACUCACCGUUCUGGAUCAGCGUAAAUAUGAAGCCAUUCAGUUGACAUUCAAGCAAGUAUCAAAAAAUUUCCAUACCGUUUUUGAAAAACUCGUUCCUGGUGGUUAUGGAAGUUUAGUGAUGCGAGUCAGUCAUGAUGAGGACUCACAGCCAUCGCAGGAUCAAAGUGACUUACAUCAAAUAGAAACUUUCACAGGUGUUGGAAUACGAGUUUCAUUUACGGGUACAUCUGAAACUCGUGAAAUGCAGCAGCUCUCUGGUGGGCAGAAAAGUCUGGUAGCUUUGGCUCUCAUAUUUGCAAUCCAGAAGUGUGACCCAGCACCUUUUUAUCUUUUUGACGAAAUCGAUGCAGCUCUAGAUGCGCAGCAUAGAAAGGCUGUAGCUGAUAUGAUUCAUGAAUUGUCGGAGAAUGCACAGUUCAUCACGACAACCUUCCGACCGGAAUUACUAGACAGUGCAGAGAAGUAUUAUGGUGUUCGGUUUCGGAACAAGGUUUCACACAUCGAUAUUGUUUCAAAAGAACAGGCAUUUGAUUUCGUUGAAGAUGACCAGACACAUGGUUAG